CGCUCCAGCUUGUGGAAUAGACGGUUCUCAACCGGAAUUGUUCAUUGAUAGUUUCGAAAGUUUCAACACGAUUUCAUUUUUAAAUUUCGGAAGAGAAAUACGUUCGGAUUAUCAAACGCGGGUUAAAGGCGAACAUGAAGAUGGUGAUAUCGUGGAAUGGUUUAAUAGUUGUGGGAAUGGUUUUGUGUGGAUUGGUUUGCGGAAAUAAAGAUGCGAAACAGUCAGUGCCAAAUGACAGCUGUGAGAAGCAAGAACCGGAAGUAGAAAGGGCAGAUCCUCGUGUUUGCAUCGCUGAUGGGUGCUUGCGAGGGACUUUCAUGAAGGGAUACCGAACAGGAUUGUUUGAAGCGUUCAUCGGUAUACCUUUUGCACAGCCUCCUGUUGGAAAGCUACGAUUUGCGAACCCAGUACCUGUAGAACCUUGGCGAGAGCAUGGUGAUUACAAUGCCUCAGUUGAAAAGUCAAUGUGCGUCCAGAAGAACGAACUUUUGCCAGUCGCGGCAGCUAUGGGUAGCGAGGAUUGCCUGUACUUGAACGUCUACCGACCGAAGAUUCAGAAUACCAGCAAAUCAGUUUUGCCGGUUAUGGUUUACAUUCAUGGCGGGGGAUACUUUUCGGGCAGCGCCAGUCCCGGAAUUGUUGGACCAGAGUACUUCAUGGAUACUAAGCGCGUUAUUCUGGUGACGAUUCAGUAUCGCGUUGGGGUGUUUGGAUUUCUGGCAACUGGAGAUGAAGUAGUUCCAGGGAAUUUUGGACUAAAGGACCAAUCGUUAGCUUUGGAAUGGGUGAAGCAAAACAUUGCCAAUUUUGGAGGCAACCCGAGGUUGGUGACCAUUUUCGGCCAGAGUGCCGGUGCAGGAUCAGUGCACAUGCACAUGAUCAGUCCGUUGAGCGAAGGACUGUUCUCGAGAGCGAUUGUGAUGAGUGGGAAUGCGAUUGCUCCGUGGAAUUUCCCUACAAAGGAUCCACUGGAUUUGGCCAGACGUCAGGCAGAAGCCGUGGGUAUCCCAUGUGCAAAGAAUUUAACCUCCAGGCAGAUAGUAGAUGUUCUUAGAAACGUCGAUGCCUUGGCUCUCUCAGAUAGCAUAAGUGAACUAAAACCAUGGUCGGUAGACCCAUUGACACUGUACCGACCGGUUGUAGAGUCUUUAGAUUGGUCCAAUCAGGCCUUUUUAGUAGAAGAUCCCCGGGAGUCGUGGCAGAAGGGAAACUAUCAGCAAAUUCCUUGGAUGACUGGGUAUUUAUCGAAUGACGGAGCUGUACGUGCCAUUGCAAUUACAACUAAUCAACAGCUUCUGAAAGAUCUCAAUGCUAAUAUUACCACACUGCUACCGUUACUGUUGGAAAAAGAAACUUCUGCGGAGUUCCUGAUGGCUCUGAAGCAACGCUUCUUUGUUAACAGUUCCAACGAACAGUGGAUCACCGAGAAGGAUGCUCAACAAUUGAUCAAGCUUUAUACAGAAGCGGGUUUCCUUUAUCCACUGCAUGCGUCAGUGAAGCAGCAUGUGACCUCGGCGGACACCGAAACCGCUCCCGUGAGCCUGUACAAGUUCAGCUUCCAAGGACCCUACUCGUACUCCAUGCUCUACACGGCCAACCCGGACGUGCACAACUUUGGCGUAGUGCACUGCGAUGAGCUGAUCUACCUCUUCCGGUCGCCGCUGCUCUUCCCAGACUUUGCGCACAAAUCCAAGGAGGCGCGGAUGUCGCACAAUUUGGUGAAAUUUUUCAUCGAUUUCGCUAUCAAUGGAGUGGCCACUCCGCUGAAGCCCUACCGCCCUUGCAACAGCGCCAACGAGGUCUAUCAAUCAAUGGACUGCGAUGUGCUGGAGUUUACCAACUCUGCCGAUCCGGAGAAGCCCUUUGAAGUGCGGGUGAUCAAUGGGCGAGAUGAGGACAUGUUCGCCUUCUGGAAGAAGUAUUACUUUUGACGGGAGUACAAUAGUUGCACGAUGAUGCAGGUCAACUGCUGAGAAAUAAGAGACGUUGUGAUAAAUUUCCAUGUUAUUGUUAAGAGCUAUUCAUAUUUUUGUGGCGACAGUAACAGAAAGUGCCAGGAUCAAAUCAAUGUUGUACAAGUUUUAUAGUUUGUAAGGAUUUUUUUAAGAUAUGCGACAAAUGCGUCAACUGUAUUUGAGAAAACGACAUUUCUAUUAAGAUUUUAAUAAAAAAAUAUACCAAAUUGUU